GGAAACUCGGGUCAUGAAGAAGGGUCACUCGGCUGCGUCAUUCCUUUCUCCGGAGGUUGACAGAGCGAGUUGAGUGUGGCGCGGAUGGCUAGCAGGGAUUUCUGAAGAAAUAUCUUCCACAUCGUGAAAUCCUCAUUAGAACCAAGCGACAACAAUGCCGGCAUAUUUUCAGCGUCCGGAGAACGCUCUAAAAAGGGCCAAUGAGUUCCUUGAGGUUGGCAAGAAGCAGCCAGCUUUGGACGUUCUUUAUGAUGUCAUCAAGAGCAAGAAACAUCGAACAUGGCAGAAGAUCCACGAGCCGAUCAUGCUCAAGUACCUGGAGCUGUGCGUGGACCUGCGCAAGAGCCACCUGGCCAAGGAGGGCCUGUACCAGUACAAGAACAUCUGCCAGCAGGUGAACAUCAAGUCUCUGGAGGAUGUGGUCCGGGCCUACCUCAAGCUGGCGGAGGAGAAGACCGAGACGGCCAAGGGGGAGUCCCAGCAGAUGGUGCUGGACAUCGAGGAUCUGGACAACAUCCAGACCCCCGAGAGUGUGCUGCUAAGUGCCGUGAGUGGGGAGGACACUCAGGACCGUACCGACCGGCUGCUCCUGACGCCCUGGGUGAAGUUCCUGUGGGAGUCGUACCGCCAGUGUCUGGACCUGCUGCGCAACAACUCCAAGGUGGAGCGCCUCUACCACGACAUCGCCCAGCAAGCGUUUAAGUUCUGCCUGCAGUACACCCGCAAGGCCGAGUUCCGCAAGCUGUGUGACAACCUGCGCAUGCACCUGGGGCAGAUCCAGAGGCACCACAACCAGAGCACCGCCAUCAACCUCAACAACCCCGAGAGCCAGUCCAUGCACCUGGAGACCCGGCUGGUCCAGCUGGACAGCGCCAUCAGCAUGGAGCUCUGGCAGGAAGCGUUCAAGGCGGUGGAGGACAUCCACGGCCUCUUCGCCCUGUCCAAGAAGCCGCCGAAGCCCCAGCUGAUGGCCAACUACUACAACAAGGUGUCCACGGUGUUCUGGAAGUCUGGGAACGCGCUGUUCCACGCCUGCACCCUGCACCGGCUGUACCACCUGUCCCGCGAGAUGAGGAAGAACCUCACCCAGGAGGAGAUGCAGAGGAUGUCCACUCGGGUCCUCCUGGCCACGCUGUCCAUUCCCAUCACCCCCGAGCGCACGGACAUCGCCCGCCUGCUCGACAUGGACGGCAUCAUCGUGGAGAAGCACCGCCGCCUCGCCACCCUGCUGGGCCUGCAGGCCCCGCCCACCCGCCAGAGCCUGAUCAACGACAUGGUGAGGUUCAAUCUGCUGCAAUACAUUGUGCCUGAAGUGAAGGAGCUCUACAACUGGCUGGAGGUCGACUUUCACCCCCUGAAGCUUUCCGGAAGAGUGACCAAGGUGCUGAACUGGGUGAAGGACCAGGCUGAGAAGGAGUCAGACCUCCAGCAGUACGUCCCCCACCUGCAGAACAACACCAUCCUCCGGCUCCUGCAGCAGGUGGCCCAGAUCUACCAGAGCAUCGAGUUCAGCCGGCUGGCCUCCCUGGUCCCCUUUGUGGACGCCUUCCAGCUGGAGCGCUCCAUCGUAGACGCUGCCCGCCACUGUGACCUGCAGGUGCGUAUUGACCACACCUCCCGCACCCUGAGUUUCGGGUCGGACCUGAACUACUCGACCAAGGAGGACGCGCCCGUGGGUCCGUUCCUGCAGAACAUGCCCUCCGCGCAGAUCCGCAACCAGCUGACCGCCAUGUCAUCCUCCCUGGCCAAGGCCAUACAGGUCAUCAAGCCUGCCACCAUCCUGCAAGAGCGUGACGAGCAGAGCCAGCAGGCCAUCGCCGCCUACCUGAAAAACGCCCGCAAGGAGCACCAGCGCAUCCUGGCCCGCCGGCAGACCAUCGAGGAGCGCAAGGAGCGGCUGGAGAGCCUGAACAUCCAGCGGGAGAAGGAGGAGCUGGAGCAGCGCGAGGCGGAGCUGCAGAAGGUGCGCAAGGCGGAGGAGGAGCGCCUGCGGCAGGAGGCCAAGGAGCGCGAGAAGGAGCGCAUCAUGCAGGAGCACGAGCAGAUCAAGAAGAAGACCGUGCGCGAGCGCCUGGAGCAGAUCAAGAAGACCGAGCUCGGGGCCAAGGCCUUCAAGGACAUCGACAUCGAGGACCUGGAGGAGCUGGAUCCAGACUUCAUCAUGGCUAAGCAGGUGGAGCAGCUGGAGAAGGAGAAGAAGGAGCUGCAGGAGCGUCUGAAGAACCAGGAGAAGAAGAUCGACUACUUUGAAAGGGCCAAGCGUCUGGAAGAGAUCCCGUUGAUCAAGAAGGCGUACGAGGAACAGCGCAUCAAAGACAUGGAACUGUGGGAGCUGCAGGAGGAGGAAAGGAUAAGCAACAUGAAGGUGGAGCGGGAGAAGGCCCUGGAGCACAAGCAGAGAAUGUCCCGCAUGAUGGAGGAUAAGGAGAACUUUGUGUCCAAGAUCACAGCUGCCCGCAGCUUCAUCUACGAGGAAAAACUGAAACAGUUCCAAGAGCGCCUGGUGGAGGAGCGCAAGACGCGUCUGGAGGAGCGCAAGAAGCAGCGCAAGGAGGACCGGCGAAACACCUUCUACCGGGAGAAAGAGGAGGAGGCGCAGAGGAUCCACGAGGAGCAGCUGAAGAAAGAGCGGGAGGAUCGUGAGCGGGUGGAGCAGGAGCAGCGGGAGGAGGAGGAGCGGGAGUACCAGGAGCGCCUGCGCAAGCUGGAGGAGCAGGAGCGCAAGCAGCGGGCCCGGCAGCAGGAGAUCGAGGAGCGGGAGCGCCGCCGCGAGGAGGAGCGCAGGGUCCCGGAGGAGAAACCCAGCAAGGAUCAGCCGUGGCCUGAGAAAGAGGAAGGAGGCUGGCGUAAGCGCACCGAAGGCGGCGAGUCCGAAUGGAGGCGUCCAGUGGCCGACCGAGACUGGCGCCAGGAGGGCCGCGAGGAGGAGAAGGGGCCCCGGGACGAGGACAAGGAGCCUGCCUUCAGGAGGGGAGCGGACGCUCCCCGUCGUGGCGGUGCUGAGGACCGCGGCCCCAGGAGAGGAUUCGACGAAGACCGCGGCCCCCGCCGGGGAGGGGACGACGACCGUGCUCCCAGGAGAGCGACCGACGAGGACCGGGCCCCCAGGAGAGGAUUCGACGACGACCGCGGCCCACGGAGAGCUUUCGAUGACGACCGCCCCCGCAGAGCCUUCGAUGAGGACAGGGCUCCCAGAAGAGCAUUUGAUGAUGAACGCGGCCCCAGAAGAGGGUUUGAUGAUGACCGUGCCCCCAGAAGAGGUUUCGACGAUGACCGGGCCCCGAGAAGAGGUUUCGAUGAUGCCCCUAGGAGGGGAUUCGAUGAUGACCGUGCACCCAGGAGAACAUUCAGUGAUGCCCCCAGAAGAGGAGGGGAUGAUGAAAGGCCAGCCAGGAGAAGUGGAGACGACCUUGAUGGAGAUGAUCCCAAACCUUGGAAGCCCCGGGGCAGGCCAGAGCUCCUGACGGCGGCUUUUGCAGGUGGAUGGCGUGAGAGGGAGAAGGCGCGGGAGGAGAGCUGGGGACCCCCCCGUGAGGGUGGUGAGCAGAACGACGAUGAUAACCGAAGCGGAGAAGAGCAAGAGUCGUCCGAACGGUUUAGGGACCGCCGCCCGCCACGGGAGGAGAGCGGAGGCGGAGGCGGAGCUUGGAGGCGGGGAGGAGGAGGAGGAGGAGGAGGAGGAGGAGGAGGAGGAGGAGGUGGAGUAGGAGUAGGAGUAGGAGGAGGAGGAGGCUCUGAGGAGACCAGCAGCUGGAGGGACUCCCGGCGCGAGGAGUUGGGCAGCGAGGAUCGCCGCGGCGAGCGCGACCGGCGUGACCGCGACCGCAGGGACGACCGCGAAGCCCGACCGCCAGCCAGAGACGGAGAAGAAGGGGGCUCCUGGCGCCGCGGUGGAGGCGGAGAGGAGCAGAAGGAGGAGCGGGAGGCCCCGGCCCCGGCCCGGGCCCCGCCCCCCCGGGGGCCCGAGCCAGAGAAGUCCUCCUGGCGCUCGGACAAAGACGCCGACAACUCGCGCCGCACCACCAAGAACGAAACCGAUGACGACGGCUGGACCACGGUCCGCCGCUGAGCCCCCCCGCGCCCCCGCCCCCCCCCGGACGGCCGCUCAGGGGAGCGCCCUCCGCAUCAUGACCCAAAACCAGUUAACACCUUACCAAUAUGCCAAAAUGUACCUUUCUUCAAUCCAGACCCAGUUCUAUCUUGUGGAAAAACAACAAACAAAAAAACAACAUGGCUUCUUAAUCCUCUGAUGAAAGUAGUUGAUUCUCAAUUUGUUCUGCAUGCGUAGAGUAUUUAAUCGGUCUCUCGCAAUAUUUGCUGUGUGGAUCUUUGGGGUAUUUUUUGCCACAGGCUAUAUCAACAUUUAAGUGAAAAUUUUGAGCAGUGAAAUGAAUUCCUUCUUUCCUGUGCAGUUAGUUUGCUGUAGCUUCUAUACCUGUCUGUGCAGCAGCUGUUCCAUCUAGCUGCAGAUUCACAUGGUUUCAUGCUUUUAGACCACACCACACUUAUUAAUAAAAGUCAUUUGCUCAAA